AACAGACAACCUACAGAAUAGCAUCAUUCAAUUGUCAGCGGAGCCAAGCAGACGGCAGGCUGGAGACGAUGCCCCGGCCCCGCCUUCUUCGUGGCGCCCGCCCUGGGGCGGAGCACCUGCCGGGCCCGGGCGUGUUCCCGGAGCCCGGUCCGGAGGCCUUGUACGCAGGCGCGGUGAGCCGCUCCCGGAGAGCCUGCUGCGACCGGAGCGGGCGGUCUCCUCCACUGGACAGCAUGGGGCCGGGAGAAGAGCGGCCGGUGCAGGCGGGCGCGUGCCAAGGAGUCUCCCAGCUGGAGCUGCUAAAGCUGCGCGCCGCGGAGCGCAUCGACGAGGCGGCCGAGCGGCUGGGGGCUCUGAGCUGCGCCAUCUGGAGCGAACCCGAGCUGGCCUACGAGGAGCACCAUGCCCACCGCACGCUGACGCGCUUCUUCGAGCAGGAGCCGCCGGCUGCGUCCUGGGCGGUGCAGCCGCACUACCGGCUGCCCACGGCCUUCCGAGCCGAGUGGGAGCCGCUGAGGGGCCGGGCGCCCAGCGCUGCGCCGGACCCGCUGCACCUGGCCUUCCUCUGCGAGUACGACGCGCUGCCGGGCAUCGGCCACGCCUGCGGCCACAACCUUAUCGCUGAGGUCGGGGCAGCGGCCGCGCUGGGUGUGAAGGGGGCUCUUGAGGGACUCCCUCGGCCGCCUCCGCCCGUGAAGAUAAUUGUCCUGGGAACCCCUGCAGAAGAAGACGGUGGUGGCAAAAUUGAUCUAAUUGAAGCGGGGGCUUUUAAAAAUCUUGACAUUGUUUUUAUGGCCCAUCCAUCCCAAGAGAAUGCUGCUUAUCUACCAGAUAUAGCUGAACAUGAUGUGACUGUGAAAUACUAUGGAAAAGCAUCUCAUGCUGCUGCUUAUCCCUGGGAGGGAGUAAAUGCGUUAGAUGCUGCCGUCCUGGCCUACAACAAUCUGUCCACAUUGAGACAGCAGAUGAAACCCACCUGGAGAGUUCAUGGUAUAAUAAAAAAUGGUGGUGUAAAACCCAAUAUCAUUCCCUCUUAUUCUGAAUUAAUCUAUUACUUCCGUGCCCCCUCGAUGAAAGAGCUUCAAGUUUUGACCAAAAAGGCAGAAGAUUGCUUCAGAGCUGCAGCUUUGGCCACAGGGUGCACAGUGGAAAUUAAAGGUGGAGCACAUGAUUAUUACAAUGUUCUUCCCAAUAAGAGUCUGUGGAAAGCUUAUGUGGAAAAUGGAGAAAAGCUGGGAAUAGAAUUCAUUUCAGAAGAUACAAUAUCAAGUGGCCCUUCAGGAUCUACUGAUUUUGGAAAUGUGACUUUUGUGGUUCCUGGAAUUCAUCCGUAUUUUUACAUUGGAUCUAAAGCCUUGAAUCAUACUGAGCAGUACGCUGAGGCUGCAGGAUCACAAGAAGCUCAGUUCUACACUUUACGUACAGCCAAAGCUCUGGCAAUGACCGCCCUGGAUGUUAUUUUUAAACCAGAGUUGCUGGAAAAAAUCAGGAAGGACUUUAAAUUGAAACUCCAAGAAGAACAAUUUUUAAAUACAGUAGAAUAAAAGGAAGGAGAAUGUAGUAGCCUCUUAUCAUUAAGAAUACAUGAUGAUUUUUUAAAUUUUUUUAAAUGAAAGGGAGGACAUGCUUGGUUUUCAAUCCUAAAGGAGUCGAAUUUCUACUACCUGAGAAGUAAGGAUAGGAUGUGAAGAAAACAUAUUACCUCAUAUCUAAAGUGAAAAUUUUUGCAGAUCUAUGCUUGAUGGAAUUGUGGUAUUUCUGAAGCUGGUUUGUGGUGCCAUUUCUUAAAUAAGCUGAAUGAUACACAGUUUAUGAAUGGUAAUACUUUAUAAAUUUAUAUGUUGUAUCUAUUUUUAAAUCCAAGAGAUUUCAAGCCUUCUAUUCAGAAUUGACAUCCAUGAUCCUGCAAUCAAUCCCAUGGAUAGGCAUCCACCCAGAAGAAAAAAACAAUCAUUUUACCAUAAGAAUAUUUGCACUAGAAUGUUUGUCACAGCUCAGUUCACAAUCACCAAGAUGUGGAAACUACCCAAGGACCUAUCAACUCAUGAAUGGAUAAACUGUGGUAUAUGUCUACCAUGGAAUAGUAUUCAGCCAUAAAGAAAGAGACUUUACAUCUUUUGUAUUUACCUGGAAGGAUUUGGGGAACAUCCUCCUAAGUAAAGUAUCUCAAGAAUGGAAAAGCAAGAAUCCAAUGUACUCAAUACUAAUAUGAAACCAGUAGAUGAACAACUACACACCCACAUGAGAGAAAAACACAACCAUAAUCAAAUGGGGGGAAGAGAUCCGUGUGCUCUCACCUAACGACAGUGUAAGGGUACAGGGCACACCUCUUGGGUGAAGGUCUCAACUACAACUUGGACUUUACCUAACGAAGGCAAACAAUGUAACCUAAUCAUUUGUACCCUUAUAUCAAUCUGAGAACAAAACAAAAAUCUUAUAUUCAGAAUUGACAUCCAUGAGCGUGUUUUGUGGUUUAGGGUGGUAAACUUGUUCUGUAAACUACUGUAUAUACAUGGUGUAUUAUUCCUCUGCUAGGUUAUACAAAGCCAGAAUCUUUUUAAUAUGCAUGUGUGUGGGUAUUUUUAAAUUCUUAUAGUACCUAACUUAGUAGCUUACCUGUGAAUAUUCAGUACUUUGAAUACAUAAAUAUUGCUUUCCGGUUUGGAAUCAUCAAAGUUUAAAAUAGCUUUGUGCCAAUACCAUGCUGUUUUGAUCACUAUGGCCUUGUAGUAUAGCCAAAAAUCAGGUAGGGUGAUACCCCCAGCUUUGUUUUUAUUACUAAGAAUUGCCGUGGCUAUACAGGGUUUCUUCUGAUUCCAUACAAAAUGAAGAAUUAUUUUUUCCAAAUCUUGAAAGUAUGAUGGUGGUAUUUUAAUGGGGAUUGCAUUGAAUCUGUAGAUUGCUUUGGGUAGUAUAGACAUUUUCGCAAAAAUAGAGACAUUGACCAAAUAGAAAACCAUGAGAUGAAACUAACAUCUUCUAGCCACCUGCUCUUUGAUAAACCAAACAAGAACGUAUGUUGGGGAAGAGAAUCCCUAUUCAAUAAAUGGUGUUGGGAGAACUGGAUAACCACAUGUGAAAGACUGAAACUGGACCUCCAACUCUCACCACUUACAAAAUUUGAUUAAAUAUAGGUAAAAGAUUUAAAUCUUAAGUCUAUGAAACAAUAAAAAUCCUCAAAGAAAGUAUGACAAUAUCGGCCUGGGGAAAGAUUUAAUGAAGAUUUCAUGGCAAUUGCAACAACAAUUAAAAUUAACAAAGGGGAUUUAAUUGAACUGAAAAGCUUCUGUAUAGCUAAGGAAACAACAACCAAAGCAAACAGACAACCUUCAGAAUGGGAAAAGAUAUUUGCAUAUUAUGAAUUGGAUAAAGCUUGAUAACUUUAGAGAACUCAAAUUAAUCAACAGAAAAAGAACCCAAAAUCUCAUAUAUCACUAGGCAAGAGAGAUGAAUAGAACCUUCUCUAAAGAAGACAAAUGAUUAACAAACAUGAAAAAAUGCUCAUUGUCCUUAAUUAUCAGAGAAAUGCAAAUCAAAACCACCCUGAGAUAUCACCUAACCCCAGUGAGAAUGGCCCAUAUCACAAAGUCUCAAAGCUGCAGAUGCUGGCGUGGAUGUGGAGAGAGGGGAACACUUUUACAGUGCUGGUGGGACUGCAAACUAAUACAACCUUUUUGGAAGGAAACAUGGAGAAUCCUCAAAGAACUCAAAUUAGACCUCCCAUUUGAUCCUGCAAUCCCAUUACUAGAUGUCUACCCAAAGGGAAAAAAAUCCUUUUUUUUUUAAUUUUUUUUUAUUUUUUUUUUAAAUCCUUUUAUCAUAUGGACAUUUGCACUAUACUGUUUAUCGCAGCUCAAUUUACAGUUGCCAACACGUGGAAACAACCUAAAUGCCCACCAAUCCAGGAAUGUUAAGCUGUGGUAUAGAUAUACCAUGGAAUACUAUUCAGCCCCUAAAAGGAUGGAGACUAUAUCUUUUGUAUUAACUUGGAUGGUAGUGGAACACAUUCUCAGUAAAGUAUCACAAGAAUGGAGAAGCAAGAAUCCAAUGUACUCAAUUCCGAUAUGAAGGCAGUAGAUGAGCUAAUACAAGGGAUGGGGGUAGGAGAAUGAGCAAGUGGGGAGAGGAAAAGAGGGAGGGGGAGGGGGGUCAGAGGGCGGCUUUACCUAACAAAUGCAAUCAUUGUAACCUAAUUCUUUGUACCCUCAGUGAA